AUGUGCACCUCUUUUCAGCCCGCAAUAUCAGAGCAGGACGUGGUAAGAAAUGUAAUUUACCUACUGGAAGGGAUCGAUGGCGAGUACAUGAAGAUCGUCGAUAGGAACCCGCCAGUCAUGCAACAGAACAGUAACGAUAGUGACGAUAUGAUGCAGGAUGGUACCGAUCAUUUGAUGGGAGACAGUCCGGAACCUACCACACCGUCAGUAAGUGACUUCCGGGUUGACAUCCAUGCGGCAGUAGACAAUAGCACUCGCCGCCUCAUUCGAGAAAAUAUGGCUCCCAAGGGACUGUGCUUCAAAUAUCUCGAGACCUUCAUCAACUCGAAUUCGGCAACCGGCCAUGACACAGGCAGCCAGCCAUGA